GGCGCCCGAACAGGGACUGUUGGUACGGCAGCUGCAGGGCAAUUGGGGUAUUGAGUUGUGUGAUUGGUGGAUAAGUGAGGAUGGAAGGGUUGAAGGAGAUGGAGAGGUUGAAGGAGGAGUUAUGGUUGGCGAGGGAAGCUAAGGGAAGGUUGGAAGUGGAGAAUGAGAGGUUGAGGGUAGAGUGUGAGGAGCUGAAGAGUGAGUUAGAGGAAAUGAGAGGAAUGCUAAGGAGUGCGAAAGUGGAAAUGAAAGAAGAGGUGAAAGGAGCGGAAGAGAGAAUGGUUGAGAAAAUGGACGAAAAAUUCGGGGUAAUGAUGAGUGCAGUGCAAGAGAUGAUGCAGGAAAUGAUGAAGGGAUUCGUGGGAGAGGGAGCUGUAGGAGGUAGGCCUACUGGGUCUUGUGACGGGCCAGGAGUGGUAAAGGAAGCGAAAGAGCGAGUGGAUGAGUGUACGAGUGAAGAAGGUGAUUUGGUUGUGAUAGGUAAGGGAAAGAAUGGGAAGACACAGGGUAAGGAUAAACCUGAGGACAAGAAUAAGAAAGUGGCUGAGGAAAAGAAGAAGACUAAGGGGAAGAAAGUUAGUAAGGGUGAUGGACAGGAUGAGACUAGGUCAGAAUACAUUGGGGAAAGGGCUGAUAGUGAUUUGGAUAGCGGUGAGUGGAAACAGGUAGGUAGAAAGAAGAAGGGUAAGAAGAGCAUAGUUACGGGUAUAGACGUGAGUAUGGAAGUGGAUUCGCUGUAUUCGGAAGAGGGAAAGAGGGGUCAGAAUGGAAGUAGUGAAAGUGAGAGUGAGAGUGAGCGGGAAGUACGAAAGGCUGUGCAUAUGAGAGAGGUACCCUGAUGUGCACAAUACGAGGAAUAUGGUAGUAGGGACAUAAGGGACUUUUUUGAGGAAUAUGAGAGGUAUUGUGAGGCAAAGUAUGGGGAUAACAAGAGAGUUAGGUAACUUUUUGACGGGAUUUUUGUUGGAUAUGUAUAGGGUAAUUAUGAGUGUAGGGAAUGUGCCGUAUGAGAGUGUAAUAGCUAGGAUUGUAGAACAGGCAAAGAGGAUAAAGAGUAGCGUUAGAUAUAGGAGGAGGCAAGAAUGAAUGUUGGUGAGUCGUUGUCGAUGUAUGUCUGUAGGUUAGAAACAUUAGCUAGGAAAAAGUUUGGGGACGAAGGGAUAAAUGAGUGUAAGGAGUUAGUGCGAAAGUUGUUGGCGACUGUACCAGAGAGUGUAUAUGAGUUUAUAAAUCUGAAACGUAAGGAGAAAAUGCGAUGGACGAAUGAAAGGUUAACCUGGAACGACAUUUUAGAAAUAGUAGAGGAUUACGAGUUAGAUAGGUGUAUGAAAGAGAGUAGAAGUGUUAGUGUUAGGACUGAAGUAGCUGAGGUUGUACCGGAGUUUAAAAGCUAUAGGGAGGCAGUUUUGGAAGGGCCAAGGCGAAUGGCAGAGCGAGUGGUAGAUAGGAGUGUUAGGGCAAGUAAUGUGAGUGUAGUUAGCCCUAAAAGAGUUAGGAGUGCGAGUGUUGGACGAGUAGGGUCAGUUAGUUGUGAGCGAGAGCAGCAGCAGUGUUAUAGAUGCGGUAAGCCAGGACACAGGAAGAAUGAAUGUCGGUGGGCAUUAGGAGCGUGCUUUGGGUGUGGGCAAACAGAGCAUUUGGUGAGUGAGUGUAAGAAAGAUAAGGAUAUUAAAUGUUAUAGGUGUGGACAGGUAGGGCAUAUAGCUAGUGGAUGUCGGGGUACCCGUACGAACAUAGUUUGCGGCAACUGCGGGAAGAACGGGCAUUAUGCUAGGAUUUGUAAAGAACAGCGUGCGAAAUGUGUUGAAUGUGGAAUGGAAGGUCAUGUGGCGAGUGUGUGUAGGCGAAAGAGGAUGAGUCAGGCUGGGAAUUCGGGAAACUAGGUGAAAAGGGGAUUCAUUUGGGUGGGUCCUCUAGUAUGCGACAGUAUGUUUGGGAGAAUGCGAUGAGUGAGUGGUUGAGGGUGAAUAAAUGUAAGCCGACUGUCAGUGAGCAAAUGGGUCUGGAAGAUCGGCAGUUAGUGUUGGUUGAGUAUGGAAGGAAGCGGAAAAAGGUAAGGAAAGGGAAUGAAAGGGAGAAACGUGAGCUGCAUGAUAGAGGGGUUAGUGUUAGGGUAAAAAUGGUGGAUAAAGCUACACAGUGUAAUACAGAUGACUUUGAGGGGAGGAAUGAUACGUAUAGCGUGUGUGGGUUUGAAUUAUCAGGGUUUAGUGAAGUUUCACCAGGAAGGGAAUCAGAUAGUAAAGAUGUAGUUGGCAGUAUGAAUGAGUCUCUUCGGGAGUUUGGCAGGAGUGUAAAUGAGGUAAGUGAUUUGGUGGCAGAGUUACGAGAGAUGUUCGGACAAGAGUUAGAGGGGGUAGAUGAGAUAGUGAAUGGGAUUUGGGGGGAUGGUAGUGAGGGAGAUGAUAAUGGUAGUCUGACUGGAAGUGAUCUGGGAGAAGUUGAUGGCGGUGUAACUGAGUGUGUGUGAGGGCCCUCAAACGAGAUCCAGGGGACCUGCAUCUGAGCAUCCGUGGGUGUUGCGGAAGGCUAUUUAGUGUGGGUGUUGUGAGUGAAAGGAGACGUUGUCAAAUGUAACAGGGGAGGAAAUAUGGAGGAGUUAUGAAGUUCCAUUUGACUACGUCUGUGUGUGUGAGAGAGAGAGAGAAUGUAAUUGCUGUAUGGAUGGUUAAUGGCUGAAUUGGUUGUUGGUAGGUUCUGGGUUGUCUGCUGGUCCUGUUGAUUGUUAGAGUUCUGUGUUUUGAGUGGUUUUGAGUCAGUCUUAAGCGAGUCUUAAGUAAGAACUGGUGAGGUUUAUUAGUGACGGCAGCGGUCUUUGAAGGCAUUGGGAGUUCGUUGAGUUUUACUCAGCCAUGUACACUUCUAAUAGGUCUAACAGGCCUGAAGAACCCAGCCACACCUAACGUCAAGGCCUACGUCACCAGAAUCAUCGACGGCCAGGUCAUCCACUACGACACCACACGAAGAAACUGGUCAGACGCCAGCGCCUACUGCACAGGUCUUAACAAGAGGCUCAUCAGGCCAGCCAAUGUGAUUGCAAACGCGGCCGUCUUGGGAGCCAUGAACCCGAUGUACAUGUUCGUCGGUGCCCUGACUGACCUGGCUGCCCCAGACUUUGUUCGUGACCUCUACAACAACCAGCAGUUGGCCGUGACUUGGGACUCUACGCGAAAGUACUUGGGGUCUCCCAAAAAAUACAUAACGUUUGUCCGAGGCGCUUUCGAGGAUGUCAAUGAUUACUGGAUCCCAGCCGCCACGGUCACUAUAUGUAUGCCAAUACCC